AUCCAUCAAAUACUAUCCCAAUGUAACACUCAUUGACUGUGGUAUCGGUCGGGAGUCAAACAUUAUGAACGACCAGUGCUUUAGAUUUUAUACGAGUUAUGAUAUGACCCGAAAUAUACAGUACGGACGCAAUAUUACCGACGGAGAGAUGCCGUUCAUAGCAUUCAUACACUCAAAGCUCAGAAAUAAACCAAAACUAAAUUUUUAUUGUUCGGGCACUAUAUUAAACAAUUGGUGGAUACUGACCGCUGGCCAUUGUAUUUACAAACAAUCUCAAGGCUAUUACGAUGAGAUACGUGUCUAUCCCGGUGUUCACGAUGUGUCUCAUUUGCCCGACCACUAUAGCCGAUCGCUCCUGGCGUUUGUCCAUCCAGACUAUCAGUUUGAAUAUAGCAUUUCACAUGAUUUAGGACUUAUUAAACUAUACAAACCAUUACACCUACUGAUGUCCGAUAGUAGCAAUGGUGUCGUCGGCUAUCGUAAGUUGAAUGCGGUUUGUUUGCCACCGGAAGGCAUCCGACACGACAGCAGAGAGCUGGCAGUUAUCGGUGGCUAUGGAUCUAUCGGUCCGAACGAGAUGUUGAAUAGUUGGCCGCGAAUGGGUUGGACUGUCAUCAAAAAACACGACGAGUUUGUGAACGACGACAACGAAAAUCUUAUUAUUACCGAUAAUAAAGCAAUUAAUUCGUCGAUAGGCUGUGCAGGCGAUUCAGGCGGACCACUGGUCCAAUAUGUGAAAGGACGGGCUGUACUAAUCGGUAUAUUUAACUCUAUUUAUGGCUCCGAUAGUGACAGCAAUUGUUUGGACUCGUUAUCAUCUCCCGGUGCAUAUAUUGUUUAUACUCUAUUGUUGUCAUCAGUAUUGGUGUCGUUCAGUGUUUGCAUUCACUCACAGAUCAAACACUAUCCGAACGUAACGCUCGACACGUGUGGUAUCGGACGGCAGUCACUGUUGACUACAAAAAACUGUUUCAAGUGGUCAUCAAAUGUGACUACAAGUGUACAAAACGGACGGUUAGCUCAACCGGGAGAGUGGCCAUGGAUUGGUAUAUUGUACUGGAGUUAUAUUAAACACCAAUUGGAUUAUAACAGCAGCACAUUGUAUACGGUAUGA